UUCAAUUCCUCUCACGUUUAACCAGCUGAGCCAGUUCACAAAGCGUUAUGCAAAGCCGUCGCACGUCAUGUCGCUCUUCAACGUUUGCAACUGGUGGCACACCCAGUGCUCCGAUUUGGAGGAAAACUACGAUGUGGCCAGUUUGUUAGUCGCCCGUUUCGGACUCGAGGAUAAUGAAAAGGAUUAUUUGGUGGUGGGUUCACAUAGCGGCAAUUUAAGCAUUUUUUAUCCACGCUUAGACCAAAAUCGACGUGUAGGCGACGAGAAUGCUUUCAGACCGACAGAUUUGUUGUUGGAAGUGAAUCUCAAAAGGCCAAUAUUGGGCAUAUACGCAGGACGGUUCAGUGGUGGCCAAUUGGCUGAUGAGAAACACAAUCAACUAGCUGUGCUGCAUCCACGUUCCGUGGCAAUCUAUAAGCUACAGUCUAUUGGUGGUGUCGCUGAGCAUGGAGCUCAGUUGCGUUUGCAUUUGCUAGCCGAUUAUAAAUUGGAACGUGGCGCAUUGGCGUUAACUAAGGGCGCUUUUGGGCGCGUCAAGGGGCGAGAGUUUUUCUGCAUUACUCAUUUGGAUGGCACAUUAACCUUUCACGAACAGGAUGGAAUUUUAUAUGAAUGCCAAUUGCCGGGAAAUCGUGCACUACCCGUACCGGUGGUCUAUUGUGAGAGAACCGAUAGUUUUUUCCGCUUCACAGCAGGUUGGAAUUUGGAGUGCUUCACCUAUCAGGAUCUUUCACACUCUUCACUCAAUCGUUCGGAGUUCAAGCCCUCCUGGUCAGUUUGUAUUGGCGAAGGUAUUGUGGAUAUUUGUGUGGUGCAGACGAAGACAAAUUCAGCCUCGAUUAUGGUAUUAGGCGAACGCAACUUUAUUAGCCUAACUGAUGAUGGAUUGGUGGAUUUCAUACUGAAGCUGGAUUAUACGCCAAGAUGCUUUCAUUCGUUUGUUAUCGGCUAUUACUGGGAGCCCGGUGCACGCUUAAUUACCGCUAUCGUCUCCGACUCAGGUAAGCUUUUCAUCUACGAGGGUGCUAAUAUUAUUUGGGCUUCUCAGUACAAAGAUGAUGCUCCGGUGGCGAUUCAACGUUCCAAUUUAAAUGGUUUGGCCGGUGGUAUUGUUGCGCUCGGUCCCACGGGUCAACUACGUAUAGGCUAUCUUGGUUCUGAGCCAUUUGUCUUCAAAGUACCGUCUGUUAAUAUGGAAGAUAUCAGUUUUACACAGGCCCACAAGGAGUUACAACAGUUAGAGGAGGAGAUUAAAGCAGCUGUCGAUAUGACAGAUCUAGAAGACAUAGAUAAACGUGCCGCCGAGGAUGUACGCAUACAAUUCACUAUCAACUCUGAGAUUAGUGAAGAUGCGGAUGUGCUUCUAUUGGAUGUGCCUGCUCAUGUGGCUGUUAGGGAGCUGCCCACGUGUACGGGCACAUUAAAGUUGAGAUGUAAGCUGGAAUUGGCUGAGUUGCAGGUCGUUUUCAGCAUGGCGGAAGGUGUACGCUGCAGUCAAGAUACACUCACCUAUGUGGAAAUGACAGCGGGACAGGCAGAGACGUUGGAAUUGGAUUUUUAUGUGGAUGAUCUGUUGCAUGUGCACUCGACGCGUGUUGAUGUGAUUAUAUCAUUCAUCAGUAACAAAGGUAUACCACGCGUAUUGCAGCAGUCCGCUUAUUUACCGCUUAGCAUGUUCUUUAAAGCAAAGCCGCCACAGAAGACUGCUGACAUUAAACUGACAUACAAUAUUAUAUCAAAAUCACUUACACCGAAGCUAUCCACAUUCUUUCCUGAGUUCAUAACGCCGGAAAGUGAAUCGCAGGCGCUGGGUCUCCUAUUGCUUUGUCCUGGUGACGAGAAAAGUGAAGAGGUUGUGACUAUAGUUCUGGCAAAGAAUUCCAAUCGUCUGAGAAUACAAUCAGAUACGUUGGAGACAUUUCCAAUGAUAUUGGAACGCAUAAUGAAAGCAGCUUUGGAGGAUGCGCAAGAAGCCAAUGUUUCGAGGGAAAAACGUGUUAAAAAUGGGAUCAAUCCUAAAGUGAAAACGAUUAUGGCCAACCCCGUACUACCAAUCCACUCUAUUUUGCAUAAGAUCGAUACACAUCGUGAAACACAAGAUAACAUACGCAAGCAAACGGUUGAAUUGGAUAUGCUAUUACAACAAUUUAAGACUCUACAGCGCAAACUUCAGGAUCACUCUGAGGAUGAAUCCAAGGAGACAUUAGUUAUGCAAAUUGAGGAAAAUUACGAUCAUCUGAUAGCAGAGGGUGAUAAAUUAAUGGAAAUAAGAAGGAUAGAAAAAAUCCAACGUUGUGACCUUACUUGCGCGAUUUCCACAGCCACUUCACUUAUCAGCGCGCUACGCAUGGAGGAGAAAUUGGUAAAUGUUAUUUGUGCGGUACUUUGUACUCCGAUCGAAGAUUGGACGGAAUUGAGUUGGGAGGAGUCAAUGUCACCCGGCAUCGAUAUGCUCUAUCAUUAUGGCCCCUUAAAUCGGGUCAAGAAUAAUAGCGAGGGCAUAAAUGCGAUCGAAACAAAUGUGACGCAUGCAAAUUUCGACUAUAAUCGAUUUAGGCGUCACAUACUCUCCAUAUUGGAACGCAUACAACGUAUCGCUGCCACAACGGAGGCGACAACUGAAGAAACGCCCGUGGCUAAGGUAGACGAACGACAGAGAGAGAAAGAAGUCGAUAUCAGUGGUCUCAGUGAGCUGCUUGAAGUGAUUCCCAGCGAACAAAAGUCCAAUUUUGCCAAAUCACGUUUGGUCAGGCGUAGCACAUUGGAGGCGGUGGAGGAUGACGAUGAAGAAGAGUAUGAUGAGGAAGAUUUGCGUAAAGUUGGCUAUAGAAAGGAGUAUGGUGACAAACAGCAUAAGACGGGCGAGAAUUCCGAGUGGGUGAAUGAGAAUUAUGAGUUGCCCUCGUCGGAGGAGUUAUUCAGCGAUUUGGGCAUUUGGUGGUAGAGAGUGGCAUGACGUUGUUUGUGUGUGUGUAGCCAUAUGUGUUUUAAUAUUUAGAAUCUAAUGUUCUUUUUUAUUUCGGUUAUUAAUACUGCUAUUUAAUAUACGGCCGAAAU